AUGAGACCACAGGGCCAGCAGAUCUCCGAUCGCUUGACCGUGGAGGUUGACUGCCACUCCUUGGGCCCCAGCGACUGCCCCUCGAUGACCUCCAGUUUCUCUCCUUUGGAAUCUCCUACUCCGACCCCCACCAGUCUUUAUAGCCAGGGUUCUCUGGCCUCGCCCAGCUGGCACGAAGCCGGCCACUAUCAUAGUCUUCCCAUGGAACGAAGAACCUCGGCCACGCCGCUGCGCAGCGCCUUCAGAAUGGCGGAUUUAGCAUCGGGUGAGGGCAUGGGCAUGUCCGUGGGCAACAUGGAUCGCCAGGACCAGAUGCCCAUGUCCGCGGACUACCUCUCUGGCUACGACGAGAAUGUCGACCAGUUCUGGAUCCCCCAGGAGUCGAUCCCCAAGACCUACGAACAACCCACCUUCCCUUAUCAAGCGCCCAUGCCACAAUAUCAAACCAUGGGGCGCAACCACUACUAUCGCCCGCAAGCUCAGACGGCCUAUCUGCCCGAGUCUGCAUCCAAUCCGUGUCUGUCCCGUCCGAUGUUCAAUCAGCCGGAGCGCAUUUCCAACUCCAUGUCCAUGUCCAACAUGCUCCCCUGGAUGCCAUCCACCGAAUCGAUGGCUCCCCAAACCAUCACGCCCGCCCAAGCAUUCCCGGGUGCCGCGCCGCCGGUGACGCCUCCUCCUUCUAAUUAUUCCGAGUUCCCUGCCAGCCUUCGCACCUUCAAGCCACAUACCCCGUCCACCCCGGUGCGCUCCGUGUCUCUGGGAACCCCGGGUAGUGAUACCCCUAAUAGCCGCAUGUCCGGCCACAAUGACUACCACGAAGACUUCCCCGUCUCGCCAGUCUACCGGGACGGUAUGAUGCGCACCCACCGCCAGCCGUCUCGCAAGUCUUCCAAAAAGCAGCUUCUGCGCUCCAACUUGAGUUUGGAGAACCUGCCCUCGAUUAUCAAGCAGGUUCAGUUCAAGUGCAAGGAACCGGGCUGCAAGGGCCGCUUCAAGCGCCAGGAGCAUCUAAAGCGCCACAUGAAGAGUCAUUCCAAGGAAAAGCCCCAUGUCUGCUGGGUCCCUGGCUGUCACCGUGCUUUCUCUCGCAGUGACAACCUCAAUGCCCACUACACCAAGACCCACAGCAAGCGGGGUGGCCGCAACCGAUAUGUGGCAACCCUCGAUGACACUAGCCCAGAUUAUGAUCCCGACUUCCGCGGCCAGCUGACACCAGAUGGGCGUCCUAUAUAUGGUUCCAAGCUAGAGGACAUCCCUGACUGUGACAUCAGUGUUGAUGGCUGGGAUGACUAG